UGACGGCGCGUUUUUGGAAAUAUCCCUUUUUGAAACUGCUUAACAUUUUCAUUUGAUGUUCCAUAAAUAUCAAGAGAAAAGUAGCUUCCCGCUGCUAAAAAAUACUUCGACACCAUAUCGCGUUAAACGUGAAUCCAUAUCACUUCCAGAUUGUUCGCAGGAUACUGGUUAUGGUACUCGUUCUUCGACUUUCCUUAGUCCCGGCCGCACCUCGGAAAAAGAUAUUUUCCCUGAAAGUAUAGAAGUUCAUGGACGUACCGGCAUUAGAAAUUCUUUACGGGGUAAGCGGCGUGUUGAUAUAUUGUCUGCCCUGAUGUCUUUUGAGAAAUCGGAAUAUAUACUUCUGAAAAUUCUCCGUUACCUGACUAUUUCUGACCGUCUUACAGUACUCAGUGUUUGUAAGUCUUGGUAUUCGUUGAAAUUGCGCUUUCCACGGCUGUUUACCGCUAGUAGAAAGCAUGAGAAGAUAUUAAAGGAUAAUUCGGCCAAGUUUUCACAGAGAUCAACAACCAGCCGUAAACCGUUGAGUGCGAUCAACUGUCCCAACUCCUGUACAAUCAAGAAUAUAGUUGAUAAGUUUGACACUAAGGUAAUGAAGUUUGCAAAUUCGCGAAAUAUGGUGUAAAUUUCUGAUAAGUCAGUCAGUUUAGAAAGCAUGUGUUUAGACACUUUCAAUGGCUUCACUAAACCACGGUCCAUCAUAGAUUUUUAUCUUCAAUAAGGCUGGCAGAGGGGAUCUCCCCUUUACAAUGGUGCAUUGUAAAUGUCUCAAAAUUUUUCUUGAUAUAUUUGAACAAUCAGAAGCUCUUGGAAACAUUAGGAUCCAACGUUCUAGUUUGAUUGGCAAAAAGCAAAAGUUAUAUAUGUUAACUGCAUGUCUCAUUUCAAGUCCACCACUAUGGGGUAGUUGGUAUUAAAUAAUUGUAGUGGAAACACCUGGUCCCAAGUCAAUAUAUAAUAUGCUUUUAGACAAUAGUAGUUGUACUGUUCUUCAAAGAGGGUUAUUUAUUAAUGAAAAUGCAACUCGUGACUUAAACCAAUUCCCUCCUGAGUUAGAUUCUUGAACUGAGUAUCUGCAUCUACACCCCUCAUUUUAUGAAUGGAAAAAUGCCAGUUAAAUUAGGUCGCUACCACACCGGGUUGUGUCACAAGCACUACAGAUAACUAAUCACAGAUUUUAUUAUUACUUGAUCACUAAGCUUUGUAAUUUUCACUUUGUACACUUGUUCUUAGUUUUCAAAAUGCUUAAUUGCUACCAAAGGUUAGCGAGUAAUGAUGUUGAUACUCCCAUUGUAAUUCGAAAUAUUUGUUUUAGGAUAGUAGGGUGAUUUUAUUUAUCAAAUGUUUGUUUAGAAAGUUAAUUUACUAUUCAGACCACAUUUCUGGGAACCAACGUAGCCAAAAUCAAUUAAUUUGCCAUUUUAGAUCAUUGGCAUUGCUACUCACAAAAACCAUUUCUGAAUGCACGUUGUGACUAUUUUUAAUUUCUGAUGAAACAGCCUUUUAUUUUCUAUUUACGACUUUCUUCAUUAAAUCUCCUAUUAUCACAAAGGAGUUUUUGCAUCCAUGUCCCGUAUGCUCUGGAGUGGCGUUUUAUAGACCUAAUGAAUGGCCGAAUCGUUUGCAUUGUCAGGCUUUGGACUGUGGUAUCUCUGUUUGUUAUAACUGUCAGCGGGAGCAUUCGCCCAGUGAUAAAUGUCAAAUGACACCAAACUCGCCAGUAUACAGAUUGUCGCCCAUUCAACCUCGGGCAUCCCCAACUCGCAGUCCAAGAGCCCGAGCCCGGUUAAUGAAAUCUUCUCUUCGUCGCUUGUAAUUGCUUGAUUUUACUGUACCAUAGUUCUUUCAUAUGUACAUACUUUUUGUUUUAAACUGUUACCCGUAGUUUCUAUCAUAAUAUAUACUUGUUUUUGCCUGUUU